AUGACCCUUAAAGGUGGCAACAAUCAAGCUUGCGCUGCCUGCAAAUACCAAAGGAGGAAAUGCACAUCGACGUGCCCUCUUGCGCCAUACUUCCCUCCUGAUCAACAUAAAAUGUUCCAGAAUGUUCACAAACUCUUUGGAGUUAAAAAAAUCCAAAAACUACUGAAACUCUUACACCCUAGCCAACACAAUGAGGCCAUGAGUUCCAUCAUUUACCAAGCCAAUAUUCGAGAACGUUCCCCGGUAUAUGGAUGUGUUGAGGUCAUUCAGCACUUAAGAAAUCAAAUUCGGCAAUGUGAGGAAGAACUCUAUGCUGUUCAUUCCAUGCUUAACACGUAUCGCCACCAGCAUGAUCAUCAACAGAUUUCAACAAAUGUUGUCUCCUUUACUGAUAUCAACUCGGCUUCACAAUUACAGCUGGGAAUGGGACCUCCAAGUAACAUUAUUCCAUCAUUUUACAACCAGAAUACAGCGGUUCUCCAGCAGCAUUACAAUUCUGAGAAUGUGGUACCUCUUUCUCAGAAUCACUCGUAUUCAAGCAGCAGCAGUCCGUACCAUUCGAGUUAUCUCGAUGUCAAAGAACCACUACUGAACUCAAUGUGGAUUCAACAUCCAGGAAUACACGAUAAUACUAACAGUGAGAAUGAGAAUGCAAUACCUAUACAAUCAGAGCUGGUGAUCACCUCAGAAUCACCUGCUUUUCAAGAGAAUGCCUUUCAAGAUUAUAAUGACAUGCACCCUUACUUUGACACCAUUGAUGAUAGACAGUCAUACAUUGAUUCUAAAGUAGCAUACGAUUCAAGCCCUGAAUCAUCUGUAAAAGACGCAACACAGUUCACAGAGCAUGUUGCUGAGAAUGAGUUGAGGAGUGCUGCUGCAUGCUUUAGCCUUACCAGUGUCAAUUAA